UUGGUGAGCGCGUGACGCAGCCGGUUGCUAGGUGUGGAUGACCUGCUGAUGCGCGUUCACUCAAUUAAGCAGAUUCUCAGUCAUCAAGUCGAUCACAACAAAGCGGGAGAGAGAAAGAGAGCGGCUGUAUUUCUGUCCUGUCCACAGCGCAGGAAACAUGGCUUUCUGAUUCCACCACCGCGUCCACUCCUCCACAAGCGCCGUGCUUUGCUCUAGCAACGCACCCCAACUCAUAAACAUAAUGGAGUUUCAUAAUGCGUACCCAGCCCUAUUUUCUGUGGCUCAACUCUCAAACUACAUUAACACCCAUCAAACGAUCGGACAGUUGAAACGUACAAUCGACGGACAGGAUGAUGGCAAUGUCAGCGCCCAUAUGGAAGGCUCUUCUUGGAUGCCCGGCAGACCCCCUCGCUCUCUCUCACCCACAGGCUAACCACAACCAAUUGGAGAGGCGCAGAGGGGAGGGGCCUGAGGAGAGACAGCAUUUAAUUGGUGAUGGUCUCAGUGACUGGAUGACGGAAGAAGUGGAUUUCUCCUCGUACCUCCCAACCCCUCAUCCCUCUCCCUCCCCUAGUGCAUCCCUGCCCCCGUCACCCCUCCAGAAUGACAUCCAGGUACCCUCAGAUUUGGAGGUCAUGACAUCUCUGCUGCAGGAGGAGCUUGCUCAGUUGGAGGAUUACUUCCUGUCUGACCCGCUCCCAGAGAAAGCCUCUAAACUCGGCAAAUGUGAUAAGGGGCCAACACCAGUGGGUCCACCAUCAUACUACCAGUUACCCUAUGCAUCAUAUUCAUCUUCCAGCCAAUCAGAAUCUAGCCCCUUACUUGUUACCCUAGCAACUGGGGAACUAGACCUGCUGAGCCUUUGUGGGGGUCCCAUCGGCCGAUCGAAGACACCUAGACACUCACCUUACAGUUGCAGCCGCCCCAAUGUCAGCAUUUGCGGACGCAAAAGAGUUUCCGAUGGGGUAAAAGUUAGCGAAGGCUAUGAGAAUAGCAUUUGGAGUUCCAAAGGAAAUACCUCAGGUAACUCAGCUGUUCCACUGAGUGGGACGUACAGCUGUGUGGAGGAUGAACGGGUGGUUGGCAAAGGGUACUGCCUGGGCAGUGCAGUGGAGAUCCGAAGAUGUGCCAUUUUACCCAAAGAAGAGAAGAACUGCCACUACACAGAAGGCUCCAUUGGUAUAAGCAAGAUCGUAAAUGGUAGCUAUGGCUUUGGUGGGCCAAUUCAAGUCCCACACAAGAAGGAAGAGAUGUAUGGUACCAGAGAAGUCAACAUAAAUGGAAUGGGCGGAGGUGCAGAAAUAGAAAUGAUGCCUGAAGGCAAAACUGGCAUUGGUGAUAUUGGCAAGAUUAACAUGCCCUGGAAAAGUGAGACCAAUGAAGGCUGCUACAUUCAAGGAAGACCCCAUGAAGAGGCCUACCAUAACUUCUUAGAGGCCAUCAAUGAGCCAGUAAAGGCGGAAAGUGUGGACAUGCAUCGUCAACAUAGCAACUUCCAUUGCAGCUUUCUAGAAGAUCAAGGCCCUGAUUGCUUGAGUGGUGACAGACAUGGACAUGAGAUGGGUGCUCCUUGCCCUAGAGGCAUCUGUGCAUUAAAGGAAGAAUCAUGUAUCGUAAAACCAGAACUUGACAUGUCCAUCAUGGAGUCCGGCCAUGGAGAACGCAAGCAGAAGAAGAGAGAUCAGAACAAAACUGCAGCUCACAGAUAUCGCCAGAGAAAAAGAGCAGAGUUCGACUCACUGGAGGAGCAGCUUCAUGGCCUUGAAGGAAGAAAUCGAGAACUUCGGGACAAGGCUGAAUCGGUGGAGCGGGAGAUCCAGUACGUCAAGGACCUUCUCAUCGAGGUGUACAAGGCCCGGAGCCAACGCCUUAAACAAGAGGCCAGUGCUUGAGCUGAGGCUUUGUAGCCUAAAAAUUUAUGAUUGUCCUGCAAGUAGAAUUGAUAGCGCUGACUAUAGAGAGUGGAUUUUAUGUUGGUCUAAUUGAAUGUCUUUUUGGAAGGGGACAAGGUGUACUUUUGCACGAUACGUUAACUAAUUAUUUACUUUUCGUUACAAACUGACAAGUCCAUUAACAGCUGCAGCACAAACUUUAACUUUUUUAAUUCCAGUUAAAAAGCGAACAAAUAUGCACUGUGAUUCUGUCAUUAAUUUAAUGACAGUCAGAUUUU